AUGGAUGUGAACUCUUUACAAGAAGAUUCCAAUGGAGUCCAAGAUGUUACUACUGGGUUUCAUGUCUCUCGGCUCCCCUACAGCGAAGAUACAAUUGUCAACAUCAUCAGUGACAUAUACCGCAUCUAUCUCCAACUGAAUUAUAUUUCGGAUUGGGAGGUCACCUGGGCGCCACCAGGAGGUCAUAAUAUUAAUCAAACGCUAUGCGAGGAACUUCAUAUUGACCCAGUGGUUAUCUCGCUGAUGAAGCGACUACCAUAUUUUCGAUUCUCGAGGACAGCCAGCGAUGUGGAAUUCUUCUACCGUUGGUCAAGAGCCUUCACCUAUCUUCAUGACUAUGAGAUCCGAGGAGGUCGCGAUCCGGAUCGAUUUGAGAUUGACGAUGACCCCCGGCCAGACUUCCUUCUUCCCCACGAGAUAGCUUUGACUUGUUCAACUGAUGAGGGCUGCCAUGUAAUCCUUGAUACAAAAGAAAGUUAG